AGAAACUUUCCAACCGUCUCAUUUCUCAAGUAGCUGACGAUGCCACUGAGAGCUAUUUCCUUUCAGAUGGCAAACGAACUUUGAACACUCCGUGUGUCUGGACAGUUUGAGAUCACACAAAAAUGAGUUUCCACAACUAUCGACAAUGUCUCAGACUUGCCCAUCGACUGACGCUCAUCCAAUCAGGGAUCUACCUUCCCUGAAGCCUUCUGGAGGACCCCAAACUCCAAUGCUAUCCCAGCAACCCUCAGUCCCCUCCCGACUGGUGCACGUCUCACCCUGCAGAACCCUUCCGGUCCCAGACUCCAAUCCAGAGCCCCCUGAGGAAAACAUAGAUCCAGUCAGAAACGCCCACAGUCAGACACGCCCACAGUCAGACACACCCACAAUCAGACACGCCCACAGUCAGAUACGAAGCACUGCUCCUCAUAACAGUAAAGAUGACGAUGCAGGAGAGACCUCGAGGGACGAGAGCUUCCAAGGCGGAUCGAGACACCAGGACUCGUCUCUCCAGCCCCCAGAGGACGGCCAGGUCCUCCUCCCUCGAAGCAGUCCUGUCAUCUCCAGAAGCAGGAAGAAGUCCCUGUCCUGGCACGGAGGCAUCGAGGGGACAUCUCUAUCCCCGUCUCCCCCAACUGCAGCACCUUCCCUGGGUCGAGGCGAGGCCCUGACGCUGGGUCCUGAGGGGCUGUUUGGACCGGCUGAGGUGGGGACGGCCCCCUGCCCACGUCCAGCGCCUGAGCCCCAAGAGCAGCCCCAGGAGCAGCAGGGGGUUUCGGCCAGCCUGAACCGUCUCCUGACCAGCGGGCUGACCCUGCGGGGGCACCUGGGCGGGCGUGGCCACGGCGGGGAGGGGAGAAGGCUGCGCUGGAGCUCUGAUGCGCUCGCAAAAAGAGUGCCCAAUGACAAGAGUAAGAGGUCAAGUGAUACAACCCCCUGCCACGCUGAGCUAUACAAGACCAGCUGUAACCUGGAACAGGAGAAUGCUCACUUUGUGGUGGUGGACCUGGUUCUGGAGGUGCUGGAGGCGGUGAAGUGGACCCUGAGCCUGAGUCAGGGGAGCGCUGGGUCAGAACACACCCAGGACCGAGGAGAGAAGACCGAGCCCAAACCUGACUCACAUCAGGCCAAGACACUGUCUGGGGUUUCCGUGGACAGUGGUUUUGAAGGUGGUGAGAACAUGGCAGUUGACAAUUUAGACAGUGAGAUUGAACUGCGACCAAUAAGUAGAGGUUCACGCUUUCAGAAGUGUUUCAAAAGGCAGAGGCUCCAAUCUCCCAUGAUGCAUUGCUCUGCGGAGUGUUUGGCCCAGCAGCUUGUGUUGGAGUUCAGGCGCCUAUGGUUUCCAUCCCAGGGAUUGAGGCGGGGCCGACAGAGCCUUAGGACGUCCCUCCAGGAACUCCCAGGGACAGCUCCUGUGGUGAACGAUGCUAACGUUAGCCUGAGUGAGGAGAUCAGACAGAGGACCAGGAUGAGGGGAUCCCUGAGCUGGGAGCCUCCACGCUUCCAGAUCAUCGUCACUGUACUGUCCUCUCACAGGCGCAGUGAGGUGGUUGCCACGCAGCACUUCCUCUGCGCUGGUUGUGGGACGGAGAUAGAACCCAGAUACACGAAGAAGCUGCGUUAUUGUGAAUACCUGGGCAAGUAUUUCUGUGACUGCUGCCACGGAGGGGCGGAGUCUGUGAUACCGAGUCGUGUCCUGACCCAGUGGGACUUCGGCAAGUACGCUGUGAGUGACUUCUCUAAGCAGCUGCUGGACUCUGUGUGGCACCAGCCUCUGUUCGACCUCACCUGCGUCGGCACGAGUCUCUACGGUCGAGUGCGAGACCUGGACAGGUUCAGGGAGCUCCAGGAACAGCUGCUGGGCAUUAAGAGGCUGCUUAAGAAGUGCAGAUUAUCAGAAGGGGUCCUGAAGGAAUUCAAGCAGCUUCCUGAUCACCUGACGCAGGGGCCACACCUGUUCUCCAUGGACGACCUUGUGGAGGUCAAACGGGGUCACCUGCUUCCGUUGGCCAAGGAGGUGCUGCGCUCAGCCUCCGCCCAUGUGGGGAGCUGUCAGCUUUGUCUAGCUAAAGGCUUCAUCUGUGAGUUCUGCAAGCAGAAAGACGUUAUCUUCCCCUUCCAGCGCGGGAUAUGCACGCGCUGUCAAGGUAAAGAUUCUACCAGAGACCCACAAGUAUGUGACAGUUGUUGAGAUGAGGAGUGCCCCAAAUGUCUUCGGAUCAAACUGAGACUACAACGACUGGACACCAAAUCCUGAAUAUAAUUUAUUUGAGUUUGUGCACUUGUCUUGUCUAAUCGUGACAUUCAUGGUUGUUCCAACAAACAUAAAUUCUAAAUCUCGACUCCAAUACCAAAUCCUGUACAUAGCAUUCUUUACUAUUUAGACAACUUACUUAGUUUACUAUAUAACCUAAUCUAAAUAAAUGAUCUACAGAAAUGUUCUAAGUGUACAUAUUUUUCUUUUUAAAUAUCUAUUUUACAUGUUUUUGCAUUUUAGUGUUCUUAUGAAACAAAAUAAAUCUGUUUAAUUACAAGUGCGUUUGCAAAUUCCAUCUGAAUACAAAGUAUUCUGUUAAUAAAAUGCUGUGCAUUCCCACACCACUGUUGUAAAAUAAAACUAUCUGGUAAAAUGUUUUCACGAUUAUUCGAAUAAUCACGUAAAUAUUGUAUUUGUAUAUCGCUGCAUUGUUCAUGUAAAAUAAUA